AUGUCUAAAACAUUCGAUUCAUUAAACAUACCAUAUUGUACAAAAGAUUUUCAUCCUUAUUUUACAUCUCUUUUGACACCUGAUGAAAUAUUUUAUUUAAAACAAUAUUUUUAUUAUCAAAAAAAUCUUGCUGUACAUUUAAUGAAAUAUCAACGUUUAUUACUAUCGAAAUAUAAUCGUCAAGGUAUUCGAUUUAAUUAUAAAUUAUAUAUAGAUAAAAAAACAUUUGAAAACUUUGGAUUUUCACCAAUACGUUCAAAACCAAAUUUAUUUAUAAUGAAUGAAAAACAAUUCAAUCGAAUAUUAAAUUCACUUGAUAUUCGACGAAAUCAUUUACAGUCUAUUAAACCACACAAAAUACAAUCUCAAUUGAAACCUGAUCUGCCUCUUAUCUUAAUUCAUAAUAUUGAAUCUCAUAUAAAAAACAUUGAUACAAAAAUAAUAAAAUUAAAUACAUGUUCUACAUUAAUUGCUAAUGGUCAUGGAAUAUCGAAGACAAUAUCUUCAUCGACUAAUAAUGAUAAAAAACAAUUAAAUCAUCAUACAAUAUAUGAAGAUAUAAGUUUAUCAAAAGCAUGUCAAAAUAUACUUAAUCGAUCUUUAUUUCGACGAUUAAAUAAUCCAAAAUUGUUUGUAUAA